UUACAUUACUUAAUAAUAAUAAUAAUUUUAAUAUGAAAUUUAAAUAUUUUUGGUGGAUGACCUGAAGAUCUCUAUUCAUUGUUUGAUUGGCAGAGGGAUGUUAUGCAUUUGAGUGGUGCCGUGUACGGAAUUAGAAUUGCUACGGGAUUUCGCCCACUCUUUAAUAUGAUUUCGAUUGAAUUCAGUUUUUGAUUGAUUUUUAGAGGAUCUGCUUUCUUUUCAGCUUUGAAGAUUUCAGGAAUUGAAGCCGCCAGCAAUUCUAGGGCUGUUUUUGCCGAGAAUCCAAUUUGCAGUUGUAAGGCUGUCGCAAAUGAGCAUUACAUAAUGAGGUGGAGGUUCGGCUGGGAUUGCUGUCAAUGGGCAAACCUGAUAAAAAAGUAUCUGAUUUUGUUGAUAUAGUUAAAUCCUGGAUACCUAGGAGGAGUGAACCAGCGAAUGUGUCAAGGGACUUUUGGAUGCCCGACCAGAGCUGUAGGGUAUGUUAUGAGUGUGACUCCCAGUUCACAGUAUUUAACCGUAGGCAUCAUUGUAGACUCUGUGGCCGAGUUUUUUGUGCUAAGUGUACGGCAAGCUCAAUUCCUGCCCCAUCAGAUGACCCAAGGACAGGCAGUGAAGAUUGGGAAAGGGUCAGGGUCUGUAAUUAUUGCUUCAAGCAAUGGCAACAGGGGAUAACAGCUGUUGACAAUGGGACCAAUGUGGGUAGCCCUGGGCUCAGUCCAUCACCCUCUGCAACAAGUUUGGUCAGCACCAAGUCCUGCUGCACCUUUAACAGCAGCAGCAGCACUGUUGGUUCAAAUUCAUACUCGACUGGGGCUUACCAGACUCUGCCAUAUAGCUCUGGUCUUAGUCCUCAACAAUCUGCUUCAAUGGAUCCAACUGCAGUUGACCAAGAAAAUUUAACUUGUGGAAGGAGUUCAGAUGCUCCUGCAGCUGCAUUCUGUUCAUCUGCAAACCAGUUUGGGUAUUGCAUGAACAGGAGUGAUGAUGAGGAUGAUGAAUAUGGUGUUUAUCAUUCAGUUUCAGGAACAAGGCAUUUCUCUCAUGCUGAUGACUAUUAUGGGCCAGACACUGUUGAUGAUGUUGACCACAUGUAUGGACCACGUGGAAUAAUUCACGAUAGAGAUCAAAUCGAUACAACAAGCAUAAGAUGUCCACCAUUAUCUGAGAAUUUUGACACACAGGGUGUAGACAAAAUUAAGAAUGAUGGGGAAGAAGCUUAUGGACAUGAUGGUGAUGAGUGUGAAGCUUCUUCCUAUGAUGUGAAUGGUGCUGAUGCUGAACCUGUUGAUUUUGAGAACAAUGGGCUACUUUGGCUCCCUCCAGAACCAGAAGAUGAAGAUGAUGAGAGAGAAGCUGUUUUAUUUGAUGAUGAUGAGGAUGAUGAAGCUACAACUGGGGAGUGGGGUUUCUUACGCCCUUCAAACAGCUUUGGUAGUGGCGAGUACCGCUGUAAGGAUAAAUCAAGUGAAGAGCACAGAAAGGCGAUGAAGAAUGUGUUGGAAGGGCACUUUAGAGCUUUAGUAGCACAGCUCUUGCAAGUUGAAAAUCUAUCUGUAGGUGAUGAAGAUGCCAAUGACAGUUGGUUGGAGAUAAUCACUUCUUUGUCCUCGGAAGCUGCUACUCUUCUUAAGCCAGAUACAAGCACGGGUGGAGGAAUGGAUCCUGGUGGAUAUGUGAAGGUUAAAUGCAUAGCCAGUGGGCGUCGUAGUGAGAGUAUGGUGGUUAAAGGAGUUGUCUGUAAGAAAAAUGUGGCUCAUCGUCGAAUGAUGUCAAAAAUAGAUAAACCACACUUUCUAAUCCUUGGAGGAGCUUUGGAGUAUCAGCGUGUAUCUAACCAUUUGUCAAGUGUAGAUACUUUGUUACAACAGGAAAUGGACCAUUUGAAGAUGGCAGUUGCAAAGAUUGAUGCUCAUCACCCUAAUGUUCUUUUGGUAGAGAAAUCAGUUUCCCGAUAUGCUCAAGAAUACCUUCUGGCAAAAGACAUUUCCCUUGUUUUGAAUAUUAAGAGGCCACUUUUAGAGCGGAUAGCCCGCUGCACUGGUGCACACAUAGUCCCUUCAAUUGAUCAUCUCAAUUCACAGAAACUGGGUUAUUGUGACCUUUUCCAUGUGGAGAAAUUUCUUGAGGAGCAUGGCAGCGCAGGGCAAGGUGGGAAGAAGUUGACUAAGACUCUGAUGUUCUUUGAGGGUUGCCCAAAGCCUUUGGGUUGCACUAUUUUGCUUAAGGGUGCCCAUGGUGAUGAUUUGAAGAAGGUGAAGCAUGUGGUCCAAUAUGGAGUUUUUGCAGCUUAUCACUUGGCAUUAGAGACUUCUUUUCUGGCUGACGAAGGUGCUUCCCUUCUGGAGCUUCCUUUGAAGUCUCCAAUAACUGUUGCAUUACCUGAUAAACCAUCAAGCAUUGACAGGUCCAUUUCCACUAUACCUGGUUUUACUGUCCCUGGAACUAGAAAGCUGUCAAGUUCCCAACCUCCAAGCAUAGUACAAAAAUCAAACAAAGGUAUCAUCUCAGAUGUGGCCUCACCUACCAAUUUUGAGCCUGUUUGCGAGUCAGGACAUGCUGAUUCUACUUUUCUGUCAAAAAGUCCAUCUUCUCAAAUUGAGUACAGGAACCUUUGCUCAAGCUCAACUGAACACACUGGUUCCUUGACUUCUUUGUAUCCUUUAGGGCAGGACGCCUCAGGUCCUUGCCAUAACAAGUUAUUCUCAGAUCAUGUCUCGGGGAAGGAUUAUAAGACAGAAGCUGAAGAAUCCUUUCAGGGCAAAAGAGCCAAUUCGGACAGUCCUUUAUUUUGUACAUCUUUUGGCACCUCAGUAGCAUUGGAACAAGAUAUUGACAGUAGCCAUGCUGAUGGAAAUGUUUUGGCUGUAAAGAAUGAUGGUAACAAUCAUGAAGAGAUUGGAUCAACAAAGGAGGAGUUUCCUCCAUCACCUUCAGACCAUCAGAGCAUUUUGGUGUCAUUAUCAACACGAUGUGUGUGGAAAGGAACUGUGUGUGAAAGGGCCCAUCUUUUUCGAAUAAAAUACUAUGGGAGUUUUGACAAACCUUUGGGGCGGUUUUUACGAGGUCAUCUUUUUGAUCAGAAUUACCGUUGCCGUUCAUGUGAGAUGCCAUCAGAAGCUCACGUUUACUGUUAUACUCAUCGGCAAGGUAGCCUUACAAUGUCUGUUAAGAAACUCCCGGAGUUUCUUUUACCAGGGGAACGUGAAGGCAAAAUUUGGAUGUGGCACAGGUGCCUGCGAUGUCCACGGAACAAUGGCUUUCCUCCAGCCACUCGAAGAGUAGUGAUGUCUGAUGCUGCCUGGGGUUUGUCUUUUGGGAAAUUUUUGGAGCUUAGCUUUUCAAAUCAUGCAGCCGCAAGCAGGGUUGCAAGCUGUGGUCAUUCCCUUCACAGAGAUUGUCUUAGGUUUUACGGAUUUGGGAGAAUGGUUGCUUGCUUCCGCUAUGCUUCAAUUGAUGUUCAUUCAGUUUAUCUUCCACCACCAAAAAUUGAAUUUAACUGUGAUAAUCAGGAGUGGAUUCAAAAAGAAGCAAAUGAGGUACGUCAAAGGGCAGAACUUCUAUUUACAGAAGUGCAAAAUGCCCUUCAUCAGAUUUCAGAGAAAACAUUAGGUGAAGGAUCACAGAAUGGUAACUUAAAAUCAUCUGAAUUAUCAAGAUUUCAUGUUGCAGAACUAGAAGGGAUACUGCAGAAGGAGAAAGAAGAACUUGAGGAAUCUUUACAGAAUGCAAUAUCUAAGGAGGCGAAAGUUGGCCAACCUGUGUUUGAUCUUCUUGAGCUUAAUAAAUUAAGGAGGCAGAUACUCUUCCAUUCUUAUGUUUGGGACCAACGGCUGAUUUAUGCAGGUAGUUUAAGCAACACCAAUCCUGAGGAAGGUCUAAGGAAUUUUGUUCCAAAACUCAAGGAAAAACGUGUCAAUUCUGUCGAGAGCCUUGUUGAGGUGGAUACAUCUCUUAAGCCUGGCAAAGGCUUUAGCAAUUGUGAUUCCAUUCUCGUGCAUACAAAGCCAGAGCUAAAUCUUAAUCAAGGAGGAAAUGAUAGCUCUGUUAGCCAGUCAGUCAGGGUACAUGAAGGAAGGGACAGAGAUCUGGACCUGAACCUGAUGAAGGAUUCAGAGCUUUGUCUUUCUUCUAGUGCAAAGAGUAAUGAGAAAACUGACCCUUCAGAAUCUGGAAAUGUUUUGCGGCGAGUCCGUUCAGAGGGUGAGUUUCCAAUUGUGGAUAAUUUAUCUGACUCACUUGAUGCAGCAUGGACUGGCAAAAAUCACUUAGCUAUGAUACUUGAAGAGAAAGGUUUCUCCCUUCCUGAUUCAAUUCCAGUAAAUUCAGUUGCUGCAAAUGCAGAAUUGGAACAUUGUAUUGUUGACAAAGGUGGGUUUGAGGUUGUUCAUUCUCCUGAUUCUGCAUUAACCGCAAAGUGGCCUCAAAAUGUAGAAAACUCCAGUACAGUGGGAAUGCCAUUUCCUAAUUUAUACAGUUCAUUCAAAAGAACUUCAUUGGAUGCUCAAAAGAUUGGUAUUAGCGAGUACAAUCCUGUUUAUGUCUCACUUUUUAGAGAGUUGGAACGGCAAAACAGUGCUAAGUUGCUUCUGCCUGUUGGCGUCAAUGACACUGUUGUUCCUGUUUAUGAUGAUGAACCCACUAGCAUUAUAGCAUAUGCACUUGUCUCACCUGAUUAUCAUCUCCAGAUGUCUGAGCUUGAAAAACCAAAAGAAUCUGGGGAGACUACAAUUUCAUUGCCACUCUUUGAUUCAGUGCAUCUACUAUCAUUUAACUCUUUUGAUGAAUCAGUUUCUGAUAUUUACAGAAGUCUUGGUUCUAUUGAAGAAAGCAUCCUGUCCAUGCCUGGGUCCCGAGGCCCUCAGAUUUUGGAUCCUCUCUCAUACACUAAGGAUUUGCAUGCCAGAGUUUCUUUUACAGAUGAUAGUGUUCAAGGAAAAGUGAAAUAUAUGGUGACUUGUUACUAUGCAAAGAGGUUUGAGGCCUUAAGGAGGAUUUGUUGCCCUUCCGAAUUUGAUUUCAUACGAUCUCUUAGUCGCUGUAAGAAGUGGGGAGCCCAGGGUGGCAAGAGCAAUGUUUUCUUUGCUAAAACUUUGGAUGAUCGAUUUAUCAUCAAACAGGUUACAAAAACGGAGCUGGAGUCAUUCAUCAAAUUUGGACCAGCAUAUUUUAAGUAUUUAUCUCACUCAAUCAGUACUGGAAACCCAACUUGCCUGGCUAAGAUACUUGGUAUUUAUCAGGUUUCAUCAAAGCACCUCAAAGGGGGGAAAGAAUCGAAAAUGGAUGUUCUGGUAAUGGAGAAUCUCCUGUUUAAGCGAAAUGUUGUACGGCUUUAUGACCUUAAAGGAUCUUCUCGAUCACGAUACAAUCCAGAUACAAGUGGGAGCAACAAAGUUCUGCUGGACCAGAAUUUGAUUGAAUCAAUGCCAACUUCUCCAAUUUUUGUGGGAAACAAGGCAAAGCAUUUGCUAGAGAGGGCUGUCUGGAAUGACACUUCAUUUCUUGCCUCGAUUGAUGUAAUGGACUAUUCGCUAUUGGUUGGUGUGGAUGAGGAAAAGCACGAGUUGGUACUCGGAAUCAUUGAUUUUAUAAGACAGUAUACGUGGGACAAGCACCUUGAGACCUGGGUGAAGGUGAAGGCAUCAGGCAUCCUUGGCGGGUCUAAGAACGCCACUCCAACUGUGAUCUCACCCGAGCAGUAUAAGAAACGAUUCAGAAAAGCAAUGACAGCGUAUUUUCUUAUGGUGCCAGACCAGUGGUCUCCCCCAACGGUCAUCCCCAGUCGGUCUCAUUCAGACCUUUGUGAGGACUUGCAAGGUCAAGCUGGCGCCUCCGUUGAUUCGUAGUGCGACACCUUUUGCUUGUACAUGCCAAGAUGUAAGUUGAGUUUUGAUUCCCACCGCCUUCCCUCUCUUCUCUCUCCUUUCUUUCCAUUUAAUUUUUUUCUUUCUUUCCUGUUGUAAUUUUUGGCUGGUUACCACGUUAUAUCCUCUUGAUAUAGAAUAUGUUAUUGUCAUCGAACCCCUUUUUUUAAUAUAAGCAGCCGGAAAAGGCUCUUUUAAUG